CCCUGUUUGGCACUGUGAGGCUGCUAUAAACACCUCCUUGCGUCCUCCAACAUUUCUCUUUCACCUUCCUCACUCUCACAGAGAGAGAGAGAGGGGGGAUGGGAAAUUGCCAGGCCAUUGAUGCAGCAACGCUGGUGGUACAGCAUCCUAAUGGCAAAGUGGAGAGGAUGUAUCAUCCGGUGACUGCUUCUCAGAUCAUGAAGACCAACCCUGGUCACUAUGUGGCCCUCCUCAUCUCCUCCACAUUAUGUUCUUCCCAACACAAUCAUCAUCACCGUGAACACAAUAGUGAUUCUGUUCGCCUCACUCGCAUCAAGCUUCUUAAGCCGUCGGAUUCCCUCCUUCUCGGCCAUGUUUAUAGACUCAUCACCUCUCAAGAGGUUAUGAGGGGUUUGUGGGCCAAGAAACAAGCUAAGAUGAAGAAAAGCUUGUCAGAAUCAGAGAGACGAAGCUUUGAGAUGAAGACAAUCACCAGGAUCCAUGAUAUGGAGAACAGCCAGGAGAGGAAAAGGGAGAGAGAAGGAGGAAGGAGAAGAGGAACGAGUAAUGGAGGGAGGGGAAGAACAUGGGAGCCUUCAUUACAGAGCAUCUCAGAGGCAUCAAGCUGAUCUGUGUUUGCGGAAUAACCCACAUGGAGCUCUCUGCCUUGCCUUCAGGGACUGACACAUCGAAGUUCCAUGAUUGGAUUAUAGAUUUUUCAAACUUUUUUAAAUACUAAAUCCAGAAAUGCUAGUUACAAUUGCAACUGAGAUCACACUUCAAUUCAUUUUCUACAACCAAAUCAACCCUUCUGCAUAAUUGUGCAUAUCAAAUCAAAGGUUCACAUAUCCAACUUCAAGUGAUGUAUCCAAGCUCUUCUCUUUUAUAUCAAACCAGGCUUCAACAUCAUCAAAAUCUU